GAUACCUUUCCAUUCUCUUCAAACAGACUUUUUUUCUCCGAUUUUACAUGGCGAAUCAGAAAUUAAGGAAGAGAGGUUGUAAUUUGCCUAUUACUCAAAGAAAUCGUCAGAUUCAAUGGCCAAAGAGAGAGGGUCGAUUUCAAAGAAGAAUCGAUGAAGCUAAUGGCAGUGCAAUGAUGGCUGAAAUCAUUAAAGGGCACCCAAAUCUGCUUCUUCGUUUAGGUGUCUUCUUUCCCAAGUAUUCUGUGAACAAGCAUAAGGGUAAGAGAACCAUCCCUCCAGAUGAUGAGCAUGGUGGUAGUGCUGAGUCUAGUAAUAACAAAAAAAACCGUGCUGCCAAUUUUAUGGAGAAUCUUGAGGCAAGGUUUCAGGGUGAUGGUGGUCAUGUAGUUAACUCAGUUCUCCAGAUAAUUAGGAUGUACACUAUUGAGGGAAACAAGUCCAAAAAUGAGGCGUAUCAUGAGGUCGUUGCACUUCUUCAGGGUCAUGUAGAUUUAAUCAUGGAGUUUGACGAAUAUUUUAGUGAUAAAUUGUCUCAGCCUAAAUAUGCUUGAAUAUAAUGUGACAGAAAAGAGUAGAGCUUCUAACGAGAAGAGAGUGUUAUAGUUUUCUUUUGUAAGACAUUUGAGUUAAGUUUGAUUUCUUCGUCUAAAGAGAGAACAGAACAUCAUCAAAAUGCUAUAUUGAUAUUUCUUUGUUACCUCAGAAGAAUUUGGGUCUUGUCUAUUAUUUCUUUUAUUUUUAAUGUGCAAAAAAAAGAGCACCUCUUUG